CAGUUCUCAAUUAUUUAUCUCCAGCGUUCGGGGUUAUAAAACUCGGGUAUCAAUACUUGGUGGAGGGUUUCCAGACGUAUGGUACGAGAUGGGAUCAACCACUGACCAAGGACCCUUUCGUGAACAUAUUAGGCAAGUGUGGAUCAAAAACCGGGUGCCGGCUCAAGAUCACAUUAUAAGCGUCUUCAAAUGCAAAUAUUUUGAUCAAGUGGAUGGUUCCGAAGAGCUUCCACCCCAGCAGCGCGAAUGGAAAACUCACGGGCGCAUUUCAAGCUACUUCGGCCCACAAAGAAUUGAGGAUGAAGAGAUUGAAGUUAUAUUUCCCGAUGAAGAUAGCCACCAGACAUCGGACGACCAAAGCCAUGACACACCUUUAGACCGCUUUCGAACAUAUCUAUUUCAAUGCACCGAUCGCAGUUCUAAUCAUGGCGAUGAUUACGGCUUCGAACAACUGGAUAUCGCGUUUUCCCGACUAACCACAAUUCAGUUUUCCAGUCCCGCCUCGGCAAAGGAAGAGGAGAUUGUCUUGGACCAUGUCUUGGGCCUUAUUUCACGGCUGCCCACCAUCCCCUCGGAGUUGCCAGAUCCCCCAAGAGCGCCAAAGCCAAACGCCAAUAUGCGCCGAUGGGGGGAUCUCAAGGUCGUAUCAACUCAUUCGACACAAGUCAUAUGCAUGGCGCUAGCAAUUGCGAUCGCAUGGGAUCGUAACGUGGAUCUCGAUAGCGAAACCGAAGAACUACACGAAUUUAGGAAGUUCCUGGAUAGCACUGCGGAGCUGUUGGAUUCGGUCAUCCUUGAGGGCAAAGCUGCAGCUCAAGCCAAUAAUGAGUCGGAUAUAUGGAGGCUUUUUGUGCUCAAAUCGUACUUAUGGAGCACUUGGCAGCGAUGCACAGCUCUUCAUUAUUGGCGAAUACUGCAAACCCACCUUGUGCUCGGGUUCGACUUCCAUGAUAUGAUGGAACUCAGCUUACGUCCAAUCUCCAUAUCCAAUACAGUUGCGGAGCGGCAGGAUCAGUUGAAGCCGGACUAUAUGUGCCCUCUGGCAUACGAUAUCCUCCGUAGGGGCCGCUGUACUAACUUGAUGGACUUACGUGAUUUUCACGCCCGGUUCUAUGACCUUUUCGGCAAUCAAGAGGCGAGGUGCAGGAAUAGCAAGCCAUGCAAUCCCAACUUUCUAGACUGUUUGCGAAUAAAAGGCGCAGAAAUCAUCAAUCAAAGCCAGCACGACGUGGAUUGCCACAACCCCGAAUACUGCAACCGAAACCGAAUAGUAUGGGACGAGGGCUCUUACAGGAGCAUAUCUGGGGCACGUGCAGUUAAUAUUGCUACUUCAAGCGGCUCUUCUCUCCCCCCUCGUUUGGAAUAUUGUCAGGCUUCCGAAAAAACUGCUGCCAUAUCACAUGUCUGGAGUCAUGGGCAAGGGGGGAGACCCGAGACGGGCAUGAACCCAUGCUUGCAUCUUAGAUAUUGCGAGAUUGCAAAGUGGCAUGGCUGCGACUCAUACUGGAUCGAUACAGCCUGUAUUCCUGCUGAGCACAAGCUUCGACGGGAGGCUAUCAUGACCAUCAACAGUGUGUUCAGAAAUAGCAAUAUCGUAGUUGUGUCUGACCGCGACAUCAUGAAUAUCGAUGUCUCAUGCAUUGUUAACGAAGCCGAAAGCCUAUCUCGCCAAUCUAUUCGGUUGAGAGAGUCGAUUCUAGCAACGCUUCUGGUCUGCGAUUGGAAUGUGAGGGCCUGGACUCUUCUCGAGGCCCACCGAGGCAGAAGACAGAUAUAUCUCCUCUGCAAAUCUGGUAAAUCAAACGCACUCAUAUCUCUGAAAGAAACUUUAGAGAUAGUCAGUUUCCACGGAAGUAUUAAUCUCGCCGUUCUUCUCCUCACCCAGUACCAUCUCCUUCCUUGUCCAGACGCGGAGACUUGGCUUGUUCGAAACACCGAUUUCCACAGGCCCCUGCCCGAAGCAGAGAUGAAGUUGCGGAUUCAUAGAAGCCAAUUCUUGUCUCGUCAUGGCGCUAGAACCUUGAGUGAAAUGGUAGAGGAAGGAUUCGUCACCACCACGGAGGCAGCACUGAUGCUUGGUCAUCGAUUUGCCUCACGGACCGGCGAUGAACUCAUAAUUUGGAGCCUGCUCGUUGGGGAUGUAAGCUCUCUCCGUGACGUUCCAGAUCUUUGGGAAUCAGAACCCGUUUAUACCGGCUUUCUUAUUUCUAGUUUGCCCAGACUCACUGUACCUGGCCUGAGCUGGGCGCCAUCACAGCCUAUGCUGCAGUUAAAAGAAAGCACUGGAUUCCAUGGAUUCCCUGCUUACGAAAGCACACUCUCGCGCAUUGGGUCUGUUGAAUGGGGUGGCCAAUUUACGGGACCAAUGUUUCGCGCAGAAUGGGGCGUAUCCGUAAUAAAAGACUGUCAUAGUGCACCUGGAACAACGGAAUGCGAUGACUACGCGAGCCUACAUUAUGACACUAGUUCAUCGCAUUUCGGUGCCGUUGAUUCCUAUCUAAAGGGGUAUCGUAAGGGAAUACUAUUACAGGCUCUGCAAGAGGUAGAGCUGGAUCAUGACCGGGAAUCGGCAGUAGGUGAACAGAGAGAUUUCCACAAACAAAAAGCUAUUGCAAUUGCUAGCCUGUAUAAAGGGCCUGCCAAAGGACCUCUAUUUGCAGUCUGCGGGACGAACGAAGAGCUCGAGGGACGUUGGACAUGGCUUGCUAUAAUGGAAUGGCCAUCGAAUGAAAAGCGCCCUCGAUUUUACGCCAAGGAGAUUAUUCUUGUAUAAAGAAAGGGGGCGGCCCUCCAUUUUAACUGAUGCCUACCUACAUAUGUAUGUAGGUAGGUAGGUACCUAAUCAUUUCCAUUUACUGGGAGGCAGAACAAAUUCAUGGCAUCAACUAUUGACUGAAUCUACUA